AGUCGAUUUCGUCUUUUCCACGCAACAAUUGGGGAGAACCACCUGUGGUAGGGCGAAAAAAUAAUUAAUGUUCAGUGGUAGGAGGGCGAAGGAUAUUUCGAGAGUUUAAAUCUUUUUAUUUCUUUUUUCCUUGUGAUUUUUAUCCUUGGACAAUUUUUCUUAUUUUUCUACACAUUGUGAGUGAAGAAGGGUGUCAAGUGAUCUUUAAUAGAACAUACUGUGGUACUUCCCACCGUGAGUGCAAGAAUAAAGCGAAAAAUUUGUUAAAAUGAAGGUACCGUUUCUGCUUCUUGUCGCCACACUCGGUACAGUUCACUGUACAACUUUAGGGGAGUCAUCAUACAGUAUCAUUCACGAUAGAGGAGUCAGGAGUUACUUUUCAACUCCCUUUAGCCAUGGCAAAACCAGGGGUUACGCUGGAUUUUAUGGUCAAUCAUUCGCCCAAUCAAAUCCCUUCGGAGUCGCAGGACCUGGAUCAGCUGGUAUAGGUGGCGGAAAGACAUGUGGAGUCCCACCGACAAAUUGUGUUCGUUCCCGCUACCGUACAUUCAAUGGAGUAUGCAACAAUUUAGUAAAUCCAGGAUGGGGUAUGGCCGCUGGGAGCUAUUCCCGUCUUCUCUCACCCAAGUACGGAGAUGGUGUAGCCUCACCAACAACAUCAGUCACAGGAGAGGAUCUGCCAAAUGCCCGAGUAAUUUCCGUUGAUGUUUUCGGUGAACGUGAUGUUCCUGAUCCCAAAUACACACUCCUUAACAUGCAAUGGGGUCAGAUAAUGACCCACGACAUGAGUCUCCAGUUUGGUGGUUCUCAGGCACAGAAGCACGCCACAUCGUGUUGUACAGACCAGGGUCGUAUAAUGGAACAGGGAAAUCUCCACAGUACUUGCUACCCAAUUAUCGUACCACCCCAUGAUCCAGUAUACAAUGACUUUGACUCACACUGCAUGAGUUUCGUGCGAACACUCACUGAUAGAGAUGUCGGAUGCCCCCAUGUUCAGUUCGGAGCUCCGGCUGAGCAACUCACGGAAGUGACUGCUUUCUUGGAUCUCUCACUCGUGUAUGCGAAUAGCGAUCAAAUGAAUGCACAACUCAGAACAUUCAGCGGUGGUAGAAUGAUUACAGAACAACGUCAUGGACGCGAAUGGCCACCACAUAAUCCCAAUGCAUCCACUGUAUGUACAAUGGCUACCGGCAUUAAUGAUGUGUGCUACCUGGCCGGUGAUGUUCGUGUAAAUCAAAAUCCAGGACUCACCUCGCUCCAAGUAAUGCUUCUCACUGAACACAACCAAAUUGCUGAUGCCCUCGCUAGCAUUAAUCCACACUGGGAUGACGAGAGGGUCUUCCAAGAGGCAAGAAGGAUCAACGGUGCCCAAUUCCAACAUAUUUCCUACUACGAGUGGCUCCCAAUUUUCCUGGGUCAGAAGAAUAUGCGCAACAAUGGACUUAUCUACGAGACCACGCCGGGAAGCUAUGUGAAUGACUACGAUUCAAGCAUUGAUCCACGAGUGAUCAAUUCUUUUGCCACAGCCGCCUUCCGAUACUUCCACACGCAAAUUGAAGGAAGACUCGAUUUAUUGUCCGAACAUCGUGCAAGAACAGCAUCGCUGAGACUCAGUGACUGGUUGAAUCGUCCCGUCAUUGUUGAGGCGGAAUUCGAUAAUCUCUGCCGCGGUAUGGUUACGCAACCAGAAGAAGACACCGAUGACAAUAUAGACACUGAGAUCAAGCACUACCUGUUCCGUCUGGAUAAUCCAAUUGGUCAGGAUUUGAAGGCAAUCGACAUUCAGAGGAAUCGUGAUCACGGCCUUGCCAGCUACAAUGACUUCAGGGAAUUCUGUGGUCUCAAGCGGGCGACCACAUUCGAAGAUUUCCUGGAUCUCAUUUCACCGCGACACGUUGAGAAACUCCGAGCUCACUACACGAGUCCCGAGGAUGUUGAUCUCACUGUUGGUGCAGCUUUGGAAGCUCACGUUGCAGGUGCUCUGGCUGGUCCAACUUUCCUCUGUAUCCUUACGGAACAAUUCUUCCGUACACGUGUUGGAGAUCGGUUCUUCUACGAGAAUGGCAACAUUGAUAGUGCCUUCACGAGAGAACAACUUCAAUCAAUCCGAACAUCAACAGCUGCCCGAUUGGUGUGUGACAACACCAACAUUCACUACAUUCAACCACGUGCCUUCGAAAGGAUCCACCUUGGUAAUGAACUCCAACCCUGUGCAUCACUACCUCGUAUUGACUUUAAUCUCUGGAAGGAAGAAGUUAGUUCCGCCUACAACUCCCACGAUGCCUUUUUCUUUAACAAAUAAACUACAGUGUAAAUUUAUUUAUUGGAAUUUAGUAUGAAAACAGUCUCUAGGGCUGGAAUUUUCUCAUAUUUUUUCUGAGAGAAAAUUUGUGAGAUAAAAAAAUAAAUGGCAACACUUGAACAACGAUGGUGUGAAAUUGUAAAAAAAAGACCAUUUAUGCAAAGUUUUUGUACACGAAAGAAAUUAUGUAUAGAAAAUAUUUUGCCAUUUUUUUUAUUAAAUAUUCCCCUCUCCCCACCCACAUAAUCACAUUUCCUUUGUCCUUUAUUGAAA